CCUUGCAUAUCUCACACACAGCUUCUUCUUCUAUCUAUCCCACACAAAGCCUUCCAGCUCCUUAAGCCUACAACUGACCAACCAUGGCCAAUUUCCAGAUCACCCCCCGCUCUACACCCAUGGAGGUCAAUGAGUUCAAAAUCAGUGGCCUGUUCAUGUACCACACUCCCAUUGGACCAAACCCCAACCAAUCGGCGACAAUAGAAGCGCACGCGACGACCGGCUUGGGCUCGACAGUCGUCCACAACUGGACGGUGUUCGACGGCCCUGGCCCUAACGCAACCCUUGUUGCCCGUGCUCAAGGCGAGCAUGUCUACGCCGGCAACUGGCAGAACAGUUUCAGCAUACUGUUUGAGAAUGAAAAUUACAAGGGGUCAACGAUCCAGGUGAUGGGGAUAUCGGUGGAACAAGGCGAGUGGGCUAUCGUCGGCGGGACGGGAAAGUUCGCCAUGGCGACCGGCGUGAUCUACAAAAAGUUCCAUGAGCAAAGGAGCCAUGGCAACAUCAUAGAGAUCACUCUCCAUGGAUUCUGUCCCUUGCUGAAAGCGUCGACGAGCGUUGUGAAGAAGCUUGGGCCAUGGGGUGGAAAUGGAGGGGACGAGAAAGACGUCAAGGUCAAUGAGACGCCCAAGCGUCUGGUGAGCAUCACGGUUCGCGGUGGCGCGGCUAUUGACUCGAUCGCCUACUCUUACAUCGACCAGGCUGACCAGCCGCGCAACGCCGGUCCAUGGGGAGGUCAAGGAGGAAAUAUUUACAAGGUCGAUCUCGGCCCUAACGAGUUCGUGAAGCAAGUCUCUGGGACAAUCGGCAAUUUCAACGGGGCCAAUGUGAUAACAUCGCUCAAGUUUGAGACCAAUGUGAAGACGCACGGGCCGUUCGGGACGGAGAGCGGAGCCCCUCUUGACAUCCCGCCGAGCAAAGGCAAAGUUGUGGGCUUCCAUAUCAAGGGUGGGGUGUUCCUCGAUGCCAUUGGCAUUUACGAGGAGCAAUAGGCAACUUUUGCCCGUUUCACUCUCAGCGUGUGCUUAAUUAUGCGAUGAAUAAAUCUAAGACAAAGGUGUUGAUCCUUUCUUCCUGCAAUAUGGGUCGGUCCUGAUGAAUAAAAGGUUCAGUUUGAGAUUGCUUUUCUUAUUA